AUGCUCCCUCGCCGUCCAUCUCCACCGCCUCGGGAAGAGUCAAGGCCACCUUUCGAAUCCACUAGGGACAUAUGGGAUUUAUGGGAGAAUUCAGCCGACAAGUGGCCCUGGAAGCAACAUGAAGCACGCUUCAGAUCGGGAAAGAAUGCUCUUCGGAUAGUCACAUCACCUAUAGUAAAUUUCUGGCUGGAGCAUGAUAUGCUCCGAAACAAGAGUGAUACAGAUGAAUUGCUCGACACGAUAGAUGUCUUAUGCCAGGCCGACUCUAUCGAUAAUUGUACCGAGGUUGUUAUCAGACACUUGGCCUUUCAGAGAAAGUUCUUAGAAAUAGCCACACUCGAGGAACAGAGACGCGAGCUUAAUGGUCCCGACUAUAUCAACAGACUGAACGUCGUCGCUAGCGAGCUGUUCAACAGGACGGAGGGGUUUUUUCACAUGCUCAUUAAGACUGUGAAGCGUUACAAAAAGAUGGAAAAGCGAAGAUAUGAAGAGCACAGGGAUUGGAACCAAAGUCGGUCACAAGAGGGUCGCGGCAAUUAUCCCGGUCUUUCCCGUGGUUUACCAUCUCCACUUCGCUAUGAGCUCAAGGUCGAUGAGACGGUUAAUGGCCCUCUUGAGCCAGAGAACGUUGAAGAACAGUCCGGGACAUGGGGCCCUAAUAAUCCCGGCGACGUGGAAUGGUGA